UGAAAAAAUGCGCCCGUGCGCUGCCAUUAGUUAGAUUAUAGAGCUUUGAGUGUCGAGAGGAGAGUUUGAAAGCUGCGUGGUUAUUUGUUGGUGGUGGUGCGCCGGUGUCACCUCGUUGCUGUCGACGUUCUGACAUGAAGCCGUCGGCAGGCAGUACUGCAGGUUUACGGAAGCGUUGAGUUUGAAGGGCAGAGUGAGGACGGAGCGCCGCUGCAGCCGACAUUUAUGUUUCUCCCACGGAGCUGCGUCCGAGUGUUGAAGCCCACCUGCUCCUUUUCACACCGGAGUCCGAGGAGGGAAGGAUGCCGAUGAUUCACCUGAGACUGAGACGACUGGAACGUGAAUCCCAGUGUUUUCCUUUCCCAGUGUUUCGUUAACGUUUUAAAUUGAUCCUGUCAGCUGCUGUCGUUUCUCAACAUCUGCAAACGAGACCCUCCAGCUGUUCAAAUAAUCAAGAACCACAACAGAAAUAUCAAGACAUGGACCAAGAUAAUCAGAGCCAAAGUCAGACACAGUCAGCCAGCGCAGGUGGAGCAGCAGAAGCUUCAACGGCAGUGCCAGCUGUACCACCUGUGCCACCUGCUGUAAAUCCAGCUACCAGUCCUAAUGCUGCCCAGCUUGCUGCACCUGCCAGGCCUCGCCGACCUCAGAGAAGCACCAGAGUAGAGGGAUCUGUAGACAUCUCUGAGACCAAAGCCAAACCCACUCCAGUUGACAGCCAGGAAGAGUGCAUUCCUGAUGGUGCUAUGCCGAGCCGUCAUAAGGCCCCACGCCCUGCAGCAGUCAGACCAUUGGGAGAGCAUGCCAUACCUACCAUAAAAACUGGCAUCAAAGGCUCAGGUUACCAUCCAGUCAGGGCUGCUUCAGUCCCUCAAGCAGCCACCAGUGAGCCUUUGCCUCCUCACCUAAAUCCCCAUGCACAGAGGGCCCUCUCUGUGGUGGGCACAGCUGACACUCAGCCUCAGACUGUGGAAGACUUCAGGGUGCACAUUAUUACUUGGAAUGUGGGUUCAGCCAUGCCACCUGAUGACAUCACUUCCUUGCUGGGGCUAAAUGUGGGAGAUGGAAAUACAGACAUGUACAUCAUUGGGCUGCAGGAAGUGAACUCUAUGAUUAACAAAAGGCUGAAAGACGCCCUCUUCACAGACCAAUGGAGUGAGGUUUGCAUGGAGAGGCUCAGCCCCUUCGGUUAUGUGCUGGUGACCUCUCAGCGAAUGCAGGGAUUGUUGCUGCUGAUUUUUGCCAAGUACUACCAUUUGCCGUUCCUUCGCGGAGUCCAGACUGAGACCACCCGCACUGGCCUGGGGGGUUACUGGGGUAAUAAAGGUGGAGUGAGUGCUCGCAUGUCAGUAUUUGGUCACACCAUCUGUUUCCUAAACUGCCACCUGCCGGCCCACAUGGAAAACUCAAAUCAGCGCAUGGAGGACUUUGAGAGCAUCCUACAGCAGCAACAGUUUGAGGGCCAAGCUGCCACCGGGGUUCUAGACCAUGAUGUUGUUUUCUGGUUUGGGGACCUCAAUUUCCGUAUUGAUGACCUGGAUGUACAAGUGGUCAAAUCAGCCAUCGACAGCAACAAGCUUUCUGUGUUGUGGGAACAUGAUCAGCUCAACAUGGCUAAAGACAGUGAGACAGUGCUGGAAGGAUUUCACGAGGGGCCGCUGAAAUUUCCUCCCACCUAUAAGUUUGACGUUGGGACGGACACAUAUGACACAAGUGCGAAGAAGCGUAAACCAGCAUGGACUGAUCGGAUCCUGUGGCGACUGAGGGCCACUGCACCUUCGAGUGCCACUGGGAGCGCAGGUAAUCGAGGCUCCAUUUCAGGAUUGACCAGCGGGACCAAGGUGACACAGCACUCCUACCGAAGCCACAUGGAAUUCACCAUCAGUGACCACAAACCAGUCUCCUCCAUCUUUACCAUGCAGUUCCCAUACAAAACAGAUGUUCCUCUGGUCACACUCAUGGUGGAGGAUGAGUGGAACAGUGUUACUGAUGCCAUGACCAAAUUCAAGCUGGCACCAAACUAUUCACGCAGUGCCUGGGACUGGAUUGGGCUCUACAAGGUGGGUUUCAAACAUCACAAAGACUAUGUGGGAUAUGUAUGGGCAAAGCAAGAGGAAGCUGAUUUUCAUCGACAGGAGCAGGAGGUAACCUUUACUGAAGAGGAAUUACCCAAAGGUUCAGGGGACUUUAUCUUGGGUUACUAUAGCAACAACAUGAGCACCAUUGUGGGUGUAACAGAGCCAUUUCAGAUCCAGCUUCCCUCGUCAGAACUUGACACCAGUUCUUCAGACAGUUCUGACUUUAGCUCUGAAGAUGACAGCACAGUUGUCCUCAUGAAAACAAGGUCCCGCAGUCCCAGUCCACAGAAACGCACACACUCUGCACAUAGAAGCCAUUCUGGCAGCCCCACACAGACGAAACUGAAAGAGCCGAACCUCAGCGAAGGUCCCUCGACUGCUGACAGUGAGUCCGCAGAACAGCCAACAGACGGCAGCAUCAGCGAGGCAGCUGCUCCUGAGGAGAAGGACUAAGAGGCCGGGGAAUCGGUGGUGUGAUACACAACUGAGUCUCAGGUGUGGACACUACAGGGACCUGACAUUUUCCAUUACAAAUUUAUGGUCAGAUAGUAAUAACACAUGAAAUAGUAUUUCAUAAAGGCCAGUGUCCACAUAAGAUGCACACUUUGCUUUAGUUGUAAGUCAUGUAAGGAACAUACUCUUCACAUCUACUGUCCGAAAAUAUGUUUUAUACUGACGUCGGAUUCACGUAAUGAGUUUACAAAUGGAGAUAGCCAUGCAGUUUAACUUUGUGGUAUGACUCCAGUCCUGCAAAUGUUCCUGAUUAUACAAGAACAAUGUGUAACAUGCACAAAGUAAAUAACAAAAAGCAAAGAUCCUCCAGUAUGAGUAAAAAAUAUAGCAAAACCAAAGUAGGUGGAGCCUAAUGUGUAGAUGCUCAGGCAGUAUCCAUGUCAUCAGCGCAUAGUGUUUGAGCAUAACAGCCUUUAAAUAACUGGGUCAGUUACAGCAGUGAGAUGCAAUGGGUGUGGCAGACCAGCUGUCAGCUGACAUAGCACUGCUGCCUUUAAAAUGUUUGCCCAUUAACUGCACUGAUCAGCCUACAGUAAUUUAAAAUCUAUAGCAGUGUCACCCAGAGCAAACAUAAGAGUCUACAUAAUUUGAAUGAAUUUGCCUGUUCAGAUUACAUUUAUCCAAUUAUUUAUUUGGAAAACAAAAACAUGUUUUUGGGUAAAAGUGCUUAGUCACGUUAGUCUUGUUGGCUUAUUACUGUGACCUUUGAUAUGCCACUUUGUAACUUUGAGCUGUAACAAUAGGAUGGUGUGCACCAUUGUAGCUCUGACCUCAUAGUGUGUGUACAUGUGUGUGUUACCUGUGUUUUGUGCAUUUUUAUGUCUGUGUGCUUGUGUGGCUAGCUGCAGCUGUGCUGAGCAUAAUGUACAUUGUGGUACUGUGAUUUUUGUGCCGUAAAGUGCUGUUUUUGACUUCUUUGUAUUCUUUCUGGCUGUUCAAAAAAAUAAAUCAAUUAAUUAAUUAAUAAUAAUAAUUACGGAAAAAAUUGUAGUAAAGAUGAAAAACAAAUUUAAGGUAAAUGUUAGGUAAACAAAUUGCAGGAUAGCUUUCCUUAUAUUUCUGAAUUUAUUUGAACAAUUUCAUAGUACAUCUGUUUAUUUUGAAAUAAAAAAUUGAUCUUAUUGUCUAGAAGAACGUUUAAAAUUAAGAUUAUAUGAACUGUUGUUUUAGGUGAUUUUGAGUAGACUGCUGUGAACAGUGCUGUAGUCAUAAGUCGUGACUAAUCUUGUGAAAUGCUGAACAAAAUUUGUCUCAAGAAUCGUAUUGUUUUGUAAUUACAGUAUGUGGCUAAAGUAGAUGAUUGUGUAUUUAUGUAAAGGGACAAUGUGAAAUACAGUAUAUAUGUAUAUAUAUAUAUAUAAUAUGUGUGUGUGUGUAUAUAUAUGUGUGUGUAUGUGUUCCGACAGUCUAUGCCACAAAGAUUAGAUUAUGUAUUUAUUUUCUUAUUUAACUCUGUAAAAUCAGCUUGAAUUCUGCUGGCCAGUGAGAGGAAAAUAAUUUGGAAGUUAAAAUUGUAUGACAGAACUUUAUUUCAUUACUGAAAACCUAGAAGAAAGUCUGAUUUCUUCACUUUUCAUUUUAGUAAUUUAGUUUUUUGUUUUUUGUUUAAAAAUGUACAUUCAUUCUAAAGCUGUAUGUCUGUAAAUUACAGUAGAUUGCCAUGGUGAAGAAAAAAGUCAUAACUGUAAGAAAUCUACCUUGAAUAUUUGGCAUCUGAUUGUGGUUUAUCCCUGUGAAAACAACUGAUCAGUGAGAAUUGAAAGUUUUGGGGGUUUCUUGCUCUGUUCACUAACCCAGAUCUACUGCUAUACAGUCCAGAGGCAUAAUAUACACUUACAUA